CCUUUCAAAAAACCAUUCGAAGUCUAAAAGCAAAACAAAACCCUAAAUUUUCAAAUCCUUUUGCAUUUGUUCUCUGUAGUCUGAUUCUAAGCGAAAAUGUCUGGUCGUGGCAAGGGAGGAAAGGGAUUGGGCAAGGGAGGUGCGAAGAGGCACAGGAAAGUGCUUCGCGAUAACAUUCAGGGCAUAACGAAACCGGCAAUUCGGCGAUUGGCGAGAAGAGGUGGUGUGAAGAGAAUCAGUGGAUUGAUUUAUGAGGAGACGAGGGGAGUGCUGAAGAUUUUCUUGGAGAACGUAAUUCGCGAUGCUGUGACCUACACCGAGCAUGCUAGGAGGAAGACUGUUACGGCCAUGGACGUGGUGUAUGCCCUGAAGAGACAGGGAAGGACCCUUUAUGGUUUUGGCGGCUGAUCAAAUGCUUUCGUGAUUUCCUUUUCUGUGAAAUGUAUGAGAAUCACUCAGCCUUUGUAUGUUCGCAUAUUGGGUUCUCUUUGAAAUGAAAAUGUUUUAAGAACAUCAA